AGUGUGCCCUGCUGAGGGUGGGGUGUCUGGGCGGGGUUGGGGGUACCCGAGUGCACUGCAUCCAGCUGAGAGUGAAAUUUCUGAGAAAACCCCCUUCCUGUCGCAGCACCCACAGCACUCUGAGCCUGCUCGCAGUCCAACGGCCUCUCCGAGGAUGCUACAUUUAAAAGUGCAGUUUUUGGAUGAAUCCCAGAAGAUUUUUGUGGUUGAUCAAAAGUCAUCUGGAAAGGCGCUAUUUAACCUGAGUUGCAGCCAUUUAAAUCUUGCAGAAAAGGAAUAUUUUGGAUUAGAAUUCUUCAGCCAUUCUGGAAAUAAUGUUUGGUUAGAACUUCUAAAGCCCAUCACAAAACAAGUAAAAAAUCCUAAGGAGGUUGUUUUCAAAUUUAUGGUGAAAUUUUUCCCAGUGGACCCUGGACAUCUGCGGGAAGAGCUAACAAGGUAUCUUUUCACUCUUCAGAUAAAGAAGGAUUUGGCUCUAGGAAGGCUUCCAUGCAGUGACAACUGUACAGCUUUGAUGGUGUCUCACAUCUUACAAUCAGAACUGGGAGACUUUCAUGAAGAAACAGAUAUGAAACAUAUGGCACAAACCCGAUACUUACCAAACCAAGACUUUUUAGAGAGCAAGAUACUGCACUUUCAUCAGAAACACGUCGGUAGGAGCCCAGCUGAGUCGGACAUUCUCCUAUUGGACAUAGCAAGGAAGCUGGAUAUGUACGGCAUCAGGCCUCACCCUGCUAGUGAUGGUGAAGGGAUGCAGAUUCACCUGGCUGUUGCUCACAUGGGAGUACUGGUGUUACGGGGAAACACAAAGAUCAAUACUUUUAACUGGGCUAAAAUCCGCAAGUUGAGCUUUAAGAGAAAGCAUUUUCUUAUCAAGCUGCACGCCAACAUCUUAGUGCUAUGCAAGGAUACCUUGGAGUUCACCAUGGCCAGCAGAGAUGCCUGCAAGGCUUUCUGGAAGACUUGUGUGGAGUACCAUGCUUUCUUCAGGCUUUCCGAAGAGCCCAAAUCAAAGCCCAAGACCCUACUCUGCAGCAAAGGGUCCAGUUUCCGCUAUAGUGGAAGAACUCAAAGACAACUUCUGGAAUAUGGAAAAAAAGGGAGGAUGAAGAGUUUACCAUUUGAAAGGAAACAUUACCCAUCUCAGCACCAUGAACGACAGUGCAGGUCUUCACCAGACCUCCUCUCAGAUGUGUCAAAACAAGUGGAAGAUUUGAGACUAGCAUUUGGCAGCGGAUGUUAUCGAAAUGUGAAUGGAGUGCACGCAUCUGAGCCAGUGCUCGACAGUAGGAGGAGGAAUUCUGCGGUGGAUGUGACGUUUGCAGCUGAGCUGGAGCGUUCGAAACCAGAGGCAGAUCCCACAUUGCUGCAUCAGUCCCAGAGCAGUUCGUCUUUCCAUUUUAUGUGUUCCGAACCUGUCUUUAACACUGACCCUGAUCCUGACACCGACUUCUUUGAGGAAAAGAAUCCUCUAAGCUCUUUCCAAACAAGUUGUAAGUUUGCUAACAAUCACAUGAGUCUGUCUUCUGGCCUCACUAGCAAAGUGAGUCCAGCAAGGCAACUAACUUACACAGAUGUGCCCUAUAUUCCCUGUACUAGUCAGCAGGUUGAUAUUAUGCCUCCCCAAGUCUUUUUUUAUGUGGAUAGGCCACCUCAGGUGCCCAGAAGGUCUCCAAUCAUGGCAGAGGAAAGGGAAAGGCCAGAUAGUUGUAAUGUGAUGAAGUCAACUAAAAGAAGUCCCAGGAGUAUCACCAAAAAGAACUUUCAGCAAGAUUUUCAAGAACUCCAAGAAGUUGUGGCCAGCACUAGUGGUAGGAGCAACAUCGAUGUAGAAAAAGUCCCAACUUUAGAAGAUGCGUUUGGAUAUAACAUUCAAGAGCAAACCCCUAAACGAUUUCAGAGCCAAUCAGACAUGAAAACCAUCCGUUUUCCUUUUGGGUCCGAGUUUAGACCUUUAGGGCCUUGCCCUGCCCUGAGUCGUAAAGCUGAUCUGUUUACAUACAUGUUUGCAGAACAAGAAUUUCCAGCAGUUCUAGUGGGUCAGGGGUCAACAGAAAGGUAUGUAGCUAGUGAAUCCAGUGAUUCUGAAUCAGAGGUUCUUAACCCAGAUUACUAUUCUUUGUAUGGUCAAGGAAUAAGGUCACCCGUGGCUAAAAUCCGCUUGUCUUCUGGUAGUCUACAGCUAGAUGACGAAGAAGAAGAGGCGUCUUUCAACACAUCAACUGCUGAAGACAGGACUUUGCUAAAACCAUGCAACUACUUUUUAGCUUGAAAUGCACUCUAGGAACAUUUCUGUGCCAGUUCCAAAUGACCACCUUAGGUUAAAAAAAAAGAAGGAAACUCUUUGAAUAAACCAUUGUCUUACUUACUACUCAUUGGUAUUAAAGGAACCUUCUAAUUUUUGAUACCUG